AAGAGAAGAGAAGAGAAGAGAUGGGUGGAGCCCAGUUGAUGAAGCGAAUCCCUCGCAUCAAAUUUCCCCAGAGACAUCCAAAGCCGGCUGGUUCUGAAUCUCAGGCAGCAGCACCUUUGGCCGGUGAUUCUGUUCAAGGUUUCUUCUCAGGUUCAAAGGCUUCACCAACUUUGGGAGGAAAAGCUUCUGAACAACCCCCAAGAACACCAGUAUCCAAAGAAGAGAUUGAGGCUAUUAUGUUGGGUGGCUGCAUCUGAUCUUCUGUGGAGCUUGAAUAAUGGAGGGUCAUAUUCUGGACAUUUUUCUGACCAUUUGAAGCACUUGGAGUUGCUCUUAGUUCCCCUUUUUUCUUUAAAUGACAACUACUGGCGGAAAUUCAUGUGUAGUCAAACACCUUAAAGAUGUGAUAUUGAAUUCCAUCCUUGACAUAUCUUUUUACAGUUUACAAAUAAUGAGAUUGUCAUAAAAGCUUGGAAUUUCUUUA